CGCGGCGUGGUGUGGGAGGAGGUGCUGAUCAUGCUGCCGGAGCACGUGAACAUCAUCCUGCUGAGCGCCACCGUCCCCAACACGCUGGAGUUCGCCGACUGGAUCGGGCGGAUCAAGCGGAAGCGGAUCUACGUGAUCAGCACCCUGCGGCGCCCGGUGCCCCUCGAGCACCAUCUCUACACGGGCAACAGCCACAAAACCCAGCACGAACUCUUCCUGCUCCUUGACGCCCGCGGCACCUUCCUCACCAAGGGGUACUACGCGGCGGUGGAGGCGAAGAAGGAGCGCUCCAGCAAACACGCCCAGACCUUCGGGGCCAAGCAGCCCACGCACACGGGCACCGGGCCGGGCCAGGAGAAGGGCGUGUGGCUCUCGCUGAUGGACGCGCU